UUCGCUAUAAUAUACGAGUAGACCUUCAGUUCGGCAUCGUAACAUAACAAAUUCACUAAUACCCUGCAAUUGUGUCGCCGUUUAUGACGGAACUGAAACUAAUUUGUUAAGAACGUUUCAAUAAACUAUAAAGUGUAAGUGAAUUUUGCCGUGACCCUAAUGACUCGUUCCUUGUGCAAACAUGGGGUCACGCGGAUGUCUCGGGAGCUCUGCAUUUGUAUCGUAAUUACUAACGCGGUUUCAUUGAAGUGGGCUACUCUUUAAUUAUUCAAUCGAUCGUCCCUCUCGCUCCCACUUGUCAAAAAUCAACAGCAAAGGUGAGACAAGAUAUGUUUUGGUAAGGUGUAAAGUGCCGCCGUGUCCAGUCGCGAACCAGCAGUGACACCGAGCGGUCGGCCCGCGAUGCCAAUUAGAUUCACACCGCUAGCAGAAAUGCUAUCACGACGUCACAACUUUCGAAUAAAUAGAAAAUAUAAUUUUGCAUCGAAAUUUUGAAAAUGAGCUUAAUGUUGUGCCGUAGAAGAUUUUUAUGUUUGAUUUGUUUUCGAUGUUCGUUUUCGAAGGUCACGUCCUUCAAUCGAUAGACUAUUAAUUGCCGCGUGUGAUUGCCCGCGGAGGCAGACAACGGAACAGUCCGUUUUGGAUGUGUGUUUAAGUGCCAAUUAAUAACUUAGUUUAAUAUUUUUUUAUAAAAGACAUUGGUGUUUAAGAUUUAAAAGAAACUUUUAAUUUAAUCCGCAUCUUCAUGGAAUAUGGGCAUCUGUUUAGACACUGAACAAAACAAUGAAGAGCUGGAGACUACCGGUGACGAGCAGAGCCGUAGCGCGAGCGCAUGGCAGGGUCGCGCAACGCCGCCCGGCGCCGUCUUCCCCAUGCAGAACUCCAGUCAUGUCAAGUUCGAGCCGCCUAACGUGCCGGUCAUAUUCGUGCUGGGAGGUCCAGGCAGCGGCAAGGUGACCCACUGUGACAAUCUGAUGCAGGAGAGGCGAGGGGUCGUCCACAUCAACAUGACAGACCUCUUGCAGCAGUACGCUAUAGGGAAUGACAUGCAAGACUUCGGCACGCUAUCGAGUAAGACGGUGACAGAAGUUCUGAUGCUGGAGAUGAAGAUGGCACCCACAGCCAAGACGUACCUGGUCUCCGGCUACCCUCGCUCCAUGAGAGACGUCGCCGAGUACUCCGAUAAGAUCCAGACGAUAACCGGUGUGAUCCUGGUGAGCUGGCGGCAGCGGGUGCUGGAGCGGCAGAUCGAGUACGGCGCGCGGCUCGGGCACGUGGUGCUCAGCCUCGCGCGCAUGGAGCUCGCCAACUUCUACAAGAACGUGAUGCCCGUCGCGGACUACUUCGACCAGACCAACAUGCUGAUAGCGGUAAAUGGCGAACGGAAUCCCGAAGAAGUAUACAAGGAUAUCCGUUCAGCGGUUCUUCAGAUUCUAGGCACAACGGAAGAUCACUCCACGAUGAAUGGCCUGACAGGAGUAGGGGUGGGGGCUGGUGGCAUCCCUGGUGAGAUCGUGGGGGUGGAACCAGCGCCAGCAGUGGACGUGGAGAGGGAAGAGAGAGAAGAGAUCUUAGAGGAAGAUAUAUCGCCGGAGCCACUGCCUCAUCCUGUGCCGAUUCCGGUAGCUGUUCCCGUGCAAAUGGAGCCAGAAAGGGUUGUUACACCGCAGGCACAAGUGAUCAGGGUUCAAGGAGCGGUCACCACAUCCUCAAUCCUUUGGGUGGUGGGCGGUCCGGGCAGUAACAAGGCGACUCUGUGCCAAAGAGCGGUGGCGCAGCGGCCCGGUUGGACGCAUUUCAGCCUAGGCCAGCGUCUCCGAGCCCUCGCGGACUCUGGAGGCGGUCCGGCAUCAGACGGGGCGCUGGCUCGCGCGGCCGUCAGCGGCGGGGAGCUCGCCAGCAAAGACCUGGUCUCCAAGCUGGUGAGGAACGCCAUCACCGACGCCUCCAGGAGUGGACAUGGACUGGUGCUGGAUGGGUACCCGCGGGAUUUGGAGCAGAUGGACCAGUUUCAGACUGAGUUCCAUCUAUCCCCGCGCAUGGUCCUGCUGGACUGCUCGAAGCUGCAGCUGGGCCGCGGCCGGCGCGACGACUCGGUGGCCGCGUUCAGGAGACGGCUCGAGGUGUUCAGGGAACUCAGUCUGCCGAUGCUGAAGACCUUGGACCAGGAGCACCGGCUGGUUAUUGUGGACGGCGACACGGACUCGGUGGAGGUGCAGGCGGAGUUCACGCGCGUGCUGCUCGACGAGAUGGAGAAGGCCGACGUCAUCGCCAGGAUCCCCAACGCGGACACCACGCGACCCAAACCCAGCCCCGCGCUGAGGAAAGACAUGUCAGCGAUGCAGCAGUUCGCCCACGCGAUGGCCCGCAUGGGCAACGGGCACGCCAAUGGGGCUGUGCGCAACGGCGCCCUGCCCAACGGACACGCCAACGGCACCAUCGGCAACGGGUUCAUCGGCAUGCACACCAACAAGGUGAAGCCGCUAAUGAACAACGUAUCGAAAGUUCCGACGAUCUCGCAAAUGACCCACGACGACGUGAGACGCUUGUACGAACAGAGUUCGGGAGAGGUCACUAUGAACACUCACAUGUGAAACAUUUAGAGAUCGUGAUUUAAAAUAACGCCAUCUAUCGCAAUUCUAGUAUAACUAAAACGUUUAAAAAAUGGGGAGAGUAGGGUUGAUUGACCCAUUAUUAUUCCCGUGCUCUUACUACAGUCAAAUUGACUAAUCUAGUUAUAAAAUAUAACGAAUAAUUUGAAAUGUGCCUAAUACGUUAGACGUAAGAGUUUAAAAACUGAGAAACAAAAUUUUUACUGUAUAUUAAAGUAAUAUUACACUAAUAAAUUAGAAUAAAAUCUAUUCACAUAGAUAUUAUAUGUACCGAUAUAGUUUAUUUAUAUAAAUUAACAUUGAUGAUGAUGUAUGUAUAAAUUAAUUAUAUACGUAAUAAUUUCAAAAAAAGAACACAAUUUUGUUUUUAAUUUUUUUUUAUAUGGGCUAUGCACCUUUCGACCAUUUUUAACCUCGUAUAGUCACGUAGUGAUAUAUUUUUAUAAGAUUUUAGUCAAAUUACUACCGUAGGAAAUAUCUAGUCUAUUUUUGUGUCUAGUCGACAUUGAGAAACUCGCCCAUAAACAACGAAUACUAUCUUUAAUUAUAAAAAAAAAUCCCUGGAGUCACAUAAAACUCUAACCUAUACCGGUUGGACUAGAUUGGAAAAAAUUGUCACAUAGUUUACAAUAAUUCAAAUUCCAAUCCAGAAAGAUUAAAUUAUUUUAACGAAUAUUUAUUUUAAAACUUUUUCGUGCAGUCCUUUUAUCACAAAGUUGUGUUGUCCGUAGAUAUAUAAAAUUAUUAGAUUUAUCGAAAUGACGCACAUGGAUAAUAAGUGCCUUAGAGUAAGAUGUAAUUUAUAUAGUAAAUAAUAUUUACAAUGUAGUGAUAUUAUAAUAUCAGUAAUUAGUAUAAUACAUCAUGUAUAGUAUGUAGUUAAUAUGAUUCAUAUACUACGCAGUCAUUUGACGUAAUAGUUUUGUGCAGACCAGUAUUUAAUUACUUUGGAGUCCGAAGUUCGGAUUUUUUAUGAGAUUUUAUUUUAUGCUUUGAAUAGCGAGACGAGCUUGUCGUUCGCCUGAUGGUAAGCGAUAAAACCAUCCAUAAACAGUAGAAACACCAUCCAACACCUUGAAUUACAAAGUAUUGUUGGAUAUUCCACUGCGCUCGCCAUCAUGAGACUAGAGAUGUUAGUCUCCUUAUGUCCAGUAGUUACACUGAUACAAAGUCCUUCAAACCGGAACGCAACAGUGACUUCGCACUACGACUAGACAUUGCGGUAGUACCUAACUAAGCGGACUCUCACAUAUGAGAGACCUACCACUAGUAACUAAAUAUUCUAGCUUUGUGUUGAUUUUACCUCUUGACUAAAGUCUCCCAAAGGUCAUAUUGGAUAUCAUCCAAAUUUUCUUUACUGUUUUAAAUACAAAGUACAUAUUUACUUGAUUUUAAAAAUGUAACUGAAAAUUUAUGACAGUUUAGAUAUUUGUUGAAAGUAAACUAAACCACUAGAUGGUUUGAAAUGGCAUUGAAUACAAUAUUUUAUUUUUAAUACACAAAUAGACUAAAUCUCCGUAUGUACAUUAAAAUAAGAAGCAUGAGGAAUAGAGAAUGGAACGUAAUAUUUGGACUUCUGGAAAUCUCAUUAACAUAUAUUGAAAAAUAUUGAAAACAGAAGUAAUCUGAAAGAUUAUAUACGUCAAAUGGCUAUUGAUCCUCGAAUACAUAUGCUUUUAAAAGACCAUACUUUUUUUUCAAUUGAUUCGCGUAAGGAAUGCAAUAAUUAAUCACAUGCUGAACGGAUAAGAGACGAAAGCAGCAUGCUCUUAUAAUGAUAAGCAUGUGUAUUCCAGGUAUUAUUUUUAGAUGUAUGUAGAUUGUUACGCCCGUAUGUAUGUUUAGAGAAGUAAACACACGUCACAGGAAGAUACACCCUAUGCCUACUACGUAGAGUUUAAGAUUGUAAUUAAUGUAAUUGUGAAAAUGUCGGUAAUGUAUAUAAAACGUGUAUAGAUAUUUAGAUGUGUCCACAGGAAUUUAAUUGGUAUCGUGAUAGUCGACGUAUGUAUACUGUUAAUAAGAAGCUGUUAAAUGAUUAUGAUCCCAAUGAAGUAUUUUUGGCGGCUUAUAAUCUUGUAAGAUACUUAAACGACAAUGGCUUUUGGGAUGAUUUAACAGAAAGCUGGAAACCGAACCUAUCAGCUGACCAAUGAAACCAUAUUAUAAAAACAUAUCCGAACUAAAAUGUAAUGUCUAAGGUUUCUAUCGGAACGGGAUUUUUUUCAAGAACAUUUAAAAAUCGAAUUGAACAUUCAAAUUCAAAAUGCUUUGUAACGGCAUAUAGUGCAUAACAUCGUACAAUGGGCAUGUCUAAAUAGUUAUAUUUAAGACUAUUAAGCAUGUAUAUACAGUGUAAACAAUUUGACGGUACAGGGAUAUUAGUUUGGAUUUGAGAAAGUAAAAUUUAAAUUCAUUAUUCUUAGGAGAGAAAUAAAUAAAUAUGCAUAUUAAAAAUGUUGUAAACGUUUAAAUAAUUUUAAUGAAUAACAAAAUAAUAUCUAUAAUACUCGGAAAUGUGUUAACGUACAAUGCUAAGAGAACGAAUGGUAUAUGAAUGAGAUUAUUUUGGUUUAAAUAACAUACAAACGUGUAUAUUUUUUAGGUUUCUACCUGAUUUUUUUCUUAUCUCGCAAAAUGGAGAUUCCUUAUAACAUUUUUAUGUAUUCAAAAAUAUUUCAUGAAGUUUUAUACAUAUUUUGCUUUUACAUGAGAUGAUAUAAAUCCAAAUUUCAAAAAUGUCUAUCGAAUCUGGGAAGACUCGGUGUGCUCUUUAUGUAACUAAAA